AACCAAACAUAGAUAAUGUAAUGAAAUUGAAGCAUCGGUGACACUGAAAAUAGAAUAAUGGCAUCAUAUUUUUUAAUUAUAGAAGAGAGAGAAAUUUCUUUUCUUUUUUUAAACAAAAGAGUUCAAGGCCAAAAAAGACAGAAGACGUAAGAUGAGCAAAACAUGCCUAAAAUGGUGGUUUACUGUUCGAAGAAACGAGUAGUAAAAAUUUCAGCCAUGUAAAACCAGAGAGCCUAGGAAAUUGAUUUUGAGUUUUUUAACUAGUAGGCUGUAAAGAAUGGAACCCAGAAAAAAUGGAAAAACAAGAGAGCAUUUAAGAAUAUAAACUGAACACAAGUAGGGAGCAAUGAGAGGACAUAUUAGUAGUAUAUCAAAGAGAAAUUUUGUCAGACUGCACUCUGGUAGUUGAUUAGCACAUCAAGAGAUCAUCUUUAUUGUAUUUUUCUUCUUCAAAUUCAAUUUCUUUGUUUCUUUUUAUCUGUGGGUUCCGAUCUCUCUUAAUCAAUCGUACUUAUUAGAUCUCAUCUGACACCAAUCCAGGAAAAAAAGAUUUUCUUGCCCAGAAAUUUCCAAAAAGUCUCAGCUUUUUUUUUUUUUUAAUUUUUCUUAUCCACUGGUGAUCCCUCUGAUCCAGGAACAAACUCUGUCUCAAUCAAAUCUUAAAUGGGUUUUUACAGCUAAGGGUGUCGUUGAAAGGUGACACAAAGGUCCACAAGAAUUGAAACCAGGUUCAAGGUAUGCACCAACAUCGCCAUCUGGGCACCUCCAUAUUCUCUGAACUCAAAGAAAAACAAUUGAUCCCUUGUCUUCAAGACAUUUUUUCUGCUUGAAUUUCCUUGCCCAUACCCAUUUGGUCUUUUCUUUGCUCUCUGUAGCAUUUUGGUUUGCAUAUUAAUGGUGUCUAGGCCUUGUAGUGCUGGUGGGUAUAUAUCACUCAGAAUUCUGCUGGUUGGGUUGGAACAUAAACAAAAACUGGAGCUAAGGUUGGGGUUAACAAAUAUAUUGUUUGCUGGUUCCUUUGGAUGAUGUCUAUGUCUAGGCUGAUUACUAAUAAAUCCCGUACGUGCAUAAGAUUCUGACUUGGGGUUGUGGUUCUGGCAGUCAUUCAGAAAAGAUCAUCAUUGUUGAAUGACCAUGGUUCUUUAGAGUAUUGAACUUUGUCUAAUACAUACAUACUCGAGAUCAAAUAGGGGUGAAUCGGUUCGGCAAAGAAAUGGUUAAACCUUGUUGGAAACCAUCUGUGGAGGGUGAUGGAAGUCGAAGAGGAUCAGAUGGAACCGCCAGGCGAGGUGGCGAUCCUAAUGGCAGGUGUGAUGGGUUGAUGUGGUAUAAGGAUUUGGGGUCUCUUGUGAAUGGAGAGUUUUCAAUGGCAGUCAUUCAAGCUAAUGGUUUGUUGGAAGAUCAGUGCCAACUUGAAUCUGGUUCGCUUAGUUUCCUCAACUCAGGGCCUUCUGGUACUUUCAUUGGAGUUUAUGAUGGACAUGGAGGACCAGAGACCUCUCGAUUCAUAAAUGAGAGUCUUUUCCAGAAUUUUAAGAAAAUUGCCACUGAACAUCAAGAAGUGUCUGCCAAUGUCAUAAAGAAGGCUUUUUUGGCUACUGAAGAGGAAUUUAUCUCUCAAGUGAAGCAGCAAUGGCUGGAAAAACCACAGCUUGCAUCAGUUGGAUCGUGCUGCUUAGUGGGAGUAAUAUGUGAUGGACUUGUAUAUGUCGCCAAUGUAGGUGACUCCCGUGUGGUGUUGGGCAGAGCGGAGCCUGCCUAUGGAGGAGUCACGGCGUUACAGCUGUCGACAGAACAUAAUGCUAGUAUAGAGUCUGUCAGGGAUGAGUUAAGGUUAUUGCAUCCCGAUGACCCCCAGAUUGUGGUUCUAAAACACAAAGUUUGGCGCGUUAAAGGGAUUAUACAGGUUUCAAGAUCCAUUGGCGAUGCCUAUCUUAAAAAGGCAGAAUUUAAUAAAGCGCCGCUAUUAGCCAAGUUCAGACUCCCGGAACCAUUUUCGAAGCAAAUCCUUAAUCCGGAGCCGUCAAUAUUUAUCCACAAACUCAAUCCUAAGGAUCAGUUUCUCAUUUUUGCAUCCGAUGGUCUCUGGGAGCAUCUUACGAAUCAGGAGGCAGUAGAUAUUGUUCACAAUUACUCCCGUAACGGUAUCGCCAAGAGACUGGUUAAGGCAGCACUUAAAUUGGCAGCCAAAAAGAGAGAAAUGAGAUACUCUGAUCUGAAGAAGAUCGAUCGAGGGGUUAGGAGACAUUUUCACGAUGAUAUCACAGUAGUUGUGGUGUUCCUAGACCAAUCUUCUGUAAGUAGGAGCUUUUUUCGUAGUUCAACUAGCGUUUCAAUAAGGGGAAGCAGAGGUGUAUCAUCCCCCAGAUCAUAGUUUGUAGUCCCAAUCUUUUUCUUAAAAUCACCCCACUUCUUCCUCUUGAGAGGUGGUACCAAAGGGAAAUGAAAAGAAUUUCCUUGCCCACCUAGUUUUGUCAAAAUUUCUCCCUCUUCUCUUGUAUUAAUCAUCAGUUCUGAUCAGAUCUAGAAUACUUAUUUGAUUAAUACCGCUAACAGGGCAAUUGUACAAGUAGUAGUGUUCACUUGUAUUACUUCAGCUUUUAGUCAAACAAAUAAAAAUAACCUUAAGCACGAACGUACUGCAUCAAGAGCUUUAUCUUCCUAAUGACAGUUUCACAGGUUUCUGUGCAUUGGUUGCUCAUAGGAAAUUUCCUCGGCACAUGGUCU